UCUUCUCUUUGGACGAUAACUUAUAUUACGUUAGCAUGGCCGGAUUAUUUAAUUCUAGUAGAAGCAGUAACAGCACUGAGGUGUUGGGGAACCUCACCUCCCGGUACGUCAGGGCGUAUUUAGAGACGGGCGGUCCCCUGACGCAGGGCGAGCUGUCGGCGGUGUCGGCGGCGUACGGGGCCGUCUUCCUGGUCGGCGUCCUGGGCAACCUGCUGGUGGCCGUGGUGCUGCUGAAGGUUCCCCACAUGCGCAACCCCACCAACUACCUGCUGCUGAACCUGAGCGUGGCGGACCUGCUGUUUCUACUGGUCUGCAUGCCUGUGUCUCUCAUAGAAACAUGGGUCUCCUUUCCUUGGAUACUCGGAGAGUUCGUCUGCUACUUCUCUCCGUACAUGGAGUUCGUGACGUUCCACGCCUCCACCCUCACCAUCAUGGUUAUCAGUGUGGAGCGCUACUACGUCAUCUGCAAGCCGCUCCACUGUAAGGAGACCCUGACGGGCCGCUUCAUCGCCAGCGUGCUGGUGGUGCUGUGGCCGGCAGCCUUCAUCACCAGUCUGCCUGUUCUCUUCAUCACACGCUUCAGACAGAUCGACUCUGUUGGACCAGAACCGCUCUACACGUGCGAGACAGACUCCACCUUCUGGGCUAAGGUGUACCUGCUGUCCAGCGCAGCCGUCUUUUAUUUCCUGCCCAUCGUGCUGUUGUCCGGCUGCUGUCUGGUCAUCAGCCGACACCUCAACACUCCUGACAUCCAGCCGUCCGUGGGACAGAGGGCGGCGAUGGACAACCGGAUCCGCUCCCGUAAGCAGGUGACGUACAUGCUGCUGGCCGUGGCCGUGCUGUUCUUCAUCUGCCUCCUGCCCUACCGCAGCACCCUGCUGGGCCUCAUGUACGCCCCGCAGGAAAUGAUGCAGCUGAUGGGCAACAAGGGCCUGCUGAUCCUCAUCAUCAUCUGCCGCAUCAUGGUGUACAUCAACUCCACAGUCAACCCCAUCCUCUACAACAUCACCUCCACCAAGUUCCGCCGCGCCUUCAAGCAGGCCAUCGGCAUCACAGCUGGGAACGAGACCAGCCGGACAGGAACAGGGAACGAGACCAAUAACACCCGCCGCAUGCACGCGCGCAGAAGAUCCACUGCUGUUUAAGUGCAUGAA